GCAUAUUCUGCUUAUUUAGGAGACAAAGUUGAAUUGUUGUUAGACAUUUGGAGCCGCCGAUCGUAUUGAAUGGUCAGAACAAGAUGAGGCUGGCGAUGCAGCUUUUUCGUUUCCUUGGUUCAGCGAUUUUCCUCCUCGCUGUAGUGAAAGCAAUAAACGCUCUUCGAUUUCCCCCACAAAAAGUACAGGACGGUGAUGCUUCAUCAGACACGUCGUCAUGUCAGCCAUCAGCUGAAGCCACGCGCUCCAAACUCACAGAAUUGUUAGCUGAGAUACAACAAACCUUUUUCUAUCAGCUUCACCCAGAGAAGAUUUCAGGGAUGGUUGAGGUAACGCCCGAACUAAUAAGAGAGCAUUUUCAACCCUUCGAUCCAAGUCCGGAGGCCAUGAAACGCAGAACUGACAAGGCCUUGGAACUGCGUCGGAGACUAAACGAUUUGCAGAUCGACACGAAGAAAUUAAAGCUGAGAGAGCGUAAAGCCAUUCACGUGGCUAGUGAUGUUCUAUUAGCCCAGGGCUGGGAUCCAUACGGCGUGGAUUAUUACUCUGGAGAUUGGCUUUUGGGACCGAACUUGUUUUGCUGGCAACCUGUUUGCCAGGUGUUUGGAAAUUUGGACAGUGUUAUUUCUCACUUCAAACCAGACGAUUUGAGCAAGUUAGAGAGACUGAAAACCCUUUUCGAGGAUUACCGUCAGGUAUUUGAAAGAUACGUGGAAAACUGGAAACUUGGAGCGCGGUCAGGGUAUCUGAGACCAUAUAAAGCUUGUAAAGCCGCUGUAUUCACUUUGAAAUACGAGAAAUACAAAGACAUGACAAUGGAUGGUGAAUCAGCCAAAACUCUUUUAAAAUCUGGCUUCUUCGGGAAAGUUUCCAAGUCUGUGAACGAUACCUGGGAGGAGAAAUACCAGAAGAAUGUGAAGGAGUUUUUCGAACAUUCUCUUGUGGAGAAUAUCGCAAAGCCAGUUGUGAGAAUGCUAAGAUAUCUUGAGGAUGAGUACUUGUGCAACUGCCCUAAUCAGGAGCAUCUCUUGAGUGGUCUUGGAAAGCUUCCCCGCAAAUACAGUAUGAACCAAAAGACUCUUCAGGAGCUCCCCACCGGAGAGAGACUGAGUGGUCCAGAGACGUAUAAGAAGAUUAUGAGGUUCUUCACAUCAAGGGAGAUUACACCAAGCAGCCUUAGGGGAAAAGCUGUUGAAAGACGCGAUGAGAUGUACAGAAAGGCUGUUGAGGUGGCCAAGCUGUAUACUGAAGAAAAGGAAGAGCACGUCGCUGUCGAUAUGUUCAAAGAAGUUCUCGGAAGUUCUAACAUGUGGUUUAACAGUGAGUCUUUUCCUAUCGACGAGAGCGACGAAGAUGCUUUUAUAAAGUGCAGGGACACAGAAAGUGCGAAGAAGUCUUGCCCCAAGCGGUGGGAAGCUAUGCAAAAAUGGAUGAAGAACACCAAAGACACCAUGACGAACCACAUCACACCGUUGCUUGCGGCCAACUUCUAUAGCAGUGGACCUAAGAAAACCAUUCCUGUUUGUGGGGUAGACCUUUAUGCAUGGUUCCAGCCUUCUGCCAGCUACCAUGCAUACGGUCCAGGAGCAAAGGACUGCUCAUGGAAAGGUAGUCAAGUGCUACCGUUUUUCAUGGACCGAUUUGGCCCAAAGUGGACGGAAUAUACCACUACAGCUCAUGAGCAAAUGCCCGGACAUCAUUUGGAGGUUCAGAGUUACACGGAGUAUUUUCAGGACAGCUGCAAGGAUCCUAUUCACUGGUUGGGAGCCUACAAUUAUUUCCCAGGUUUCACCGAAGGCUGGACAACUUACACCGAGUACCAGCUGCUGCCUCAAGACACGAACCUCUACUCUGAUACUUCCAACAAGGAGGUUUUACUGCAGAAGUACGGCAUGAUUUACUACCAGCUCUUGGCCGCUCUGCGCGUUAUUGUCGACAUCGACCUAAACUAUUAUCAGAAGUCAGUGUCCGAUGCCCUCCACAUGUACAAACAGUACGUAUGGGAGGACAACACGGACCAGGCAAAGAAAGAUAUCCUCAGGUCGGAAGGCUUGCCGGGACAGGUAGCCAGCUAUGUGUCUGGUCAAUUGGAAAUCUCCCGCCUCAGGAGUUUAGCGGAGAGGGAGCUGGGUCAAGACUUCGAUCUAAAGGAUUUUCAUUACGAGGUGUUACGUCAAGGGGAAAUACCCUUGAGAUACUUGGACGAGCACAUACGGGCUUAUAUCGCCUGUAAGAAAAACCCGUCUCUCGAGGAAUGUGGAGAAUUUUAAAAUGAUCACUAACUGAUCUGAUCUCUCACUAAAU